AUGGCACAAGUGCGCAUCUGUGUAUGCGGCGAUGAAAGCACCGGAAAGUCCAGUUUGAUCGUAUCCCUGGUCAAAGAUGUCUUCUACUCGAACAAGAUCCAGCCGGUCUUGCCCCAGAUCAACAUCCCACCCAAUAUUGGAACCCCCGAGAACGUAACUACGACCAUCGUCGAUACGUCUGCUCGACCCCAAGAUCGCACGACUCUUCGCAAAGAGAUUCGAAAAUGCAACGUCAUACUUCUCGUUUACUCGGACCACUACAGCUAUGAGCGCGUCGCUCUGUUCUGGAUGCCCUACUUCCGCUCCCUCGGUGUUAACGUCCCCGUGGUGCUCUGUGCCAACAAGUCCGACUUGCUGGGCGAUGGCAAGACGUCUCAGGUGGUGGAGGAGGAGAUGCUACCAGUGAUGCAAGAGUUCAGGGAGAUUGAUUCUUGCAUACGCACGAGUGCGCGCCAGCACUACAACGUCAACGAGGUCUUCUUCCUCUGCCAGAAAGCCGUGACACACCCCAUUGCGCCACUAUUUGACUACAAGGAGGGACAGCUCAAACCAGCCUGUGUCGCCGCGCUGAAGAGGAUAUUCUACCUGUGCGACAAGGACCAAGAUGGCUAUCUUAACGACGAGGAGAUGCUCGACUUUCAGCUCAAAUGCUUCGACAAGGCGCUCGCGCAAGAUGACCUCGAGAACAUCAAGUUGACUAUCAGCAAAGCCGCCCCUGGCUCUGACAUCAGUGCGGGCAUUGACAUGCAUGGCUUUUUGCAACUCAACAAGUUCUAUGCGGAGAAGGGUCGGCAUGAGACGAUCUGGGUAAUCCUACGGCACUUUCACUACACCGACAGCUUGAGCCUCGAAGACAGCUUCCUUCACCCCAAGUUCGAAGUCCCGCAAUACGCCUCGGCGGAAUUGAGCCCUGCCGGCUACAGAUUCUUUGUCGACUUGUUCCUAUUGUUUGACAAGGACAAUGACGGUGGUCUGAAUGACGAAGAAUUGACGGCUCUAUUCGCGCCUACACCCGGCCUUCCUGCAUCUUGGGUUGAGACAUCUUUCCCCUCAUGUACCGUGCGUAAUGACGCAGGCCACAUCACGCUCCAGGGUUGGCUGGCGCAAUGGAGCAUGACGACUUUCGUUGAGCCCAAGACAACGCUCGAGUACCUUGCUUACCUUGGGUUCGAAGCGCCGAGUGCCAAGGAUCCCACCGCUGCGUUAAAGAUCACCAAGCCCCGAAAGCGGCGACGAAGACCGGGGCGUGUCGAGCGGAACGUCGUGCUCUGUUAUAUCCUUGGGGCGUCUGGAGCCGGCAAAUCUUCAUUGCUUGAUGCUUUCUUGAGCCGUCCGUUCGAUGGAACCUACCAUCCGACCAUCAAACCUCGAAGGGCGGUCAACAGUGUCGAAUUACAGGGCGGAAAGCAGUGCUACUUGAUCCUGGAGGAGCUGGGCGAGCUGGAACCUGCCAUUUUAGAGAACCAGGCCAAACUGGAUGCCUGUGAUCUGAUAUGCUACACAUAUGACUCGUCUGACCCAGAUUCAUUCUCACACAUUGUCGAGCUGCGAAAUCGCUAUCCGCAGCUCGAUGAGUUGCCAGCCAUCUAUACCGCCCAGAAAGCUGACAAAGACAAGACAACGCAACGGUCGGAAUUGCAGCCAGAUGCAUACACCUCCAGUCUCAACAUGAGCACACCGCUCCAUGUCAGCGUUACCUGGAAUAGCAUCAGCGAACUAUUUGUCUCGCUCGCCGAGGCAGCCACGAAUCCGAGCACAGCGUUUCCGAAAAGCGAAGAGCCGCCCCCUGACAGGACGAGCCUCUAUCUAGCACUCGGAGCCACUACAUGCGCUGCGGCCGCUGCGUUUAUGAUUUGGCGUCGAUCGACCAAUACAACAUGA